GUGGAGGCGGAGGGGCUGAGAUGGGCUUUGAGGAGAUGGAGAAAGCCUCUGCUUCCUGCUUCUCCAGUUUUGACAGCAGGGUGAAGUCAGAGAUGUGACUCUUGUGAGCUUAAGCUAUUUCAAAGCAGCGCACGUCUAAUCUGUGUCCUGACCAAAGGAGGUGCGCGUGUGUGUCUGAGAGAGAGAGAGAGAGAGAGAAAGCGGGAGAGGAGGGAGAGAAAGAAGUGAGACACUGAAGCAAACAGAGUGAAGAAGAGAGGGAGAGAGGGGAAGGACUGUUUGUGUGCCUGGGUGCUGAGCAGCAGCAGAGCAGCUUAGAUGCGGACCAGAGGUGACCAGGGCUCGGGGUGAAGGCAGCUGCUGCCGCUGGUAGUGGUGCUGCUGCUGCUGGUGCUGGUGGUGGUGAGAUGUGAAGAGGCUUGAAGUAUGGCAUGUAAGGAUGGUUUCUGCCAAGAAGAAGGAGAUGGUGACAGCGAUGCGCCCCGCGUUUACUCGGACCCUCUUCUACUUUUUCUGUUUGCUGACUUGUAUGAAGAAAAUCUCUGCGCAGACAAAAAAGGAUGAAAGGAUCUAUCCGGAGAAUUUCACUCGCAUUUUGGACCGACUUCUGGACGGCUAUGACAACAGGCUGCGACCUGGAUUCGGAGGUCCUGUGACUGAGGUCAAGACUGACAUUUAUGUGACAAGUUUUGGGCCUGUCUCAGACGUUGAAAUGGAAUACACAAUGGACGUAUUUUUUCGCCAGAUGUGGGUAGACCGGAGGUUGAUGUACGAGGGCCCAAUAGAGAUUCUCAGGUUGAACAACCUGAUGGUAACAAAGGUGUGGACACCGGACACCUUCUUCAGGAACGGCAAGAGGUCCGUCGCUCACAACAUGACGGCGCCCAACAGGCUGUUCCGCAUCAUGAAGAACGGCACCAUCCUCUACACCAUGAGGCUGACGAUUAGCGCCGAGUGUCCCAUGAAGCUCGUGGACUUCCCCAUGGAUGCACAUGCAUGCCCCCUCAAGUUUGGCAGCUAUGCCUAUCCUAAAACGGAGAUGAUCUAUACUUGGACCAAAGGGCCUGAGCAUUCAGUGGAGGUCCCUCCAGAGUCCUCCAGCCUCGUUCAGUAUGAUCUCAUUGGCCAGACGGUCUCCAGUGAAACGAUUAAAUCCAUCACAGGUGAAUAUGUGGUCAUGACGGUCUACUUCCACUUGAAACGUAAAAUGGGCUACUUCAUGAUUCAGACGUAUAUCCCCUGCAUAAUGACAGUAAUCCUCUCCCAAGUGUCCUUCUGGAUAAAUAAAGAAUCAGUCCCAGCGCGCACAGUUUUCGGCAUCACCACCGUCCUGACCAUGACAACGCUCAGUAUCAGUGCUCGCCAUUCCCUCCCCAAGGUCUCGUACGCUACUGCGAUGGACUGGUUCAUCGCCGUCUGCUUCGCCUUUGUCUUCUCCGCCCUCAUUGAGUUUGCCGCUGUCAACUACUUCACCAAUGCACAGAUUGAGCGCGCCAAAAAGAAGCCAGCCAAAUGUCCCCCGGUGCCCCAAUCCACGCCUGUCAAGGUCAAGGACGCAGAGGAAGUGCUGCAGCAAAAUCCUGAUACGAACGGUAAUCUGAGGAAGCGCAUGAAUUAUAUCUCCCACCAAGAGUCGAGCAGUCAACAGAGAGCCCAGUCCACCACCAACAUUGCAGGAGUAGGGCGAGGAAGGCCGCUGCGACCUUUAGCCGGUGGAACCAAUGGCAGCUCCUCCACCCUCUCCCGCUCCAGCCCAAAGUCUGAGAGCCUGCUCAGCGUUGCGUCUUCCUCAGCGCAGCUGGUGAAGAGUACGCCUCAGGGUGCAGCUUCUACGCCAGACGUAAUGGCAGGGACACCGUGCAAGCAGAACGCCAGCACUUCCUCUCUGCAGCAUCUGCUGGGCCCGAAGCUGGAGCGCAUCCAGAUGAUGGGGAACAAACUGGAGCCGAAGCAGACGCCGUGCUCCCAGCCCACCACUGCUGGUAUGGGCGGAACCAGUAAAAUUGACAAGUAUGCACGGAUCCUCUUCCCCGUGUCAUUUGGCGCAUUUAACAUGGUCUACUGGGUGGUUUACUUAUCAAAGGACAUGAUGGUGGCUAAAGGUGGCUAGACGUGUCUUUUAACACAUGGGAAGUAAAUAAGGAUUACUGGAGUUUGUGAACAUUAUGUAGAACGUGUUGUUUUUGCCAAACAGAUGAACAAAAUGUGCCCAUAAAGCACUUAAGAAUAUAUUUAUUUUUUUCUUCCUGAGUCCUGAAACUGCAAGCAUGGGAACAAGCGAGCAAAAUUAGAAAAACCUGACUCAACAUAAGAAGGAACACCUGCACACUGGAGUAUGCUACUGUCCUCUUUCUAUUACAUCGUGCUUCAUUUGACUGAAAAGGUCCUCAUCAGCUUCAACUGAUCUCUUCUGGCCUGCAGUCAAGAUAAAGCAUGGAUUUUAUUCAUUUUCCUAUUUUUGUACCCUGCACCUGGCAAGAUGCGUGGACGUGUGUGCCAUUGUUCUGAACUCAACUGCACCAACACUGUAAAUAUAUAAAUUUAUUAGGAUAAACAGAUUUAUAUUUAAUGAAUACAGUUUACUUCCUUUUGAAUAAUUAAGACGUGUUGCUUUUGGUGCCAGCAGGUUAGAGGUUGCAAAAUUAAAACGAAGGAUUUCAGAAUGGAAAAUUGUUGAAUGUUGGCCAAAAGGGUUUGAAAGUAAAAUGGAUUUGGCCAGAAUGAAAGUCCUCAAACCAGGCUGAGUGGAGCUUUGGCCAGGACCUGAUCAACCAUGAAAAGCUUCUCUUGUAUAGUACCUACUGCAAAGCAUCUUUCACAUACAAGAAGGAUUAACUAAUCUGAAAUAGCGAAUAUGAAAUUUGUGGAUAAGUCGGGCAGAAAAUAGUAAAGACAAGUUAUAAAUUCAUGUAACAGUAGGCUUUAAGCUUCUUUCCAGCCGUAACAGAUUGCGAAUAGCAGACAAAGAUUGUGUAAGUGAUUAAAAAAGAGCCAUAGCAUGAACAAACACAGGGAGCAGAACACAAAGCCAUUUGCUCGUAGACCACUGUGGCAAUAAAAUAAUGAGCUGGUUGUUUGUUUCGAGACAUUUCGGCGUGCUCAACAAAAGAAUGUGACUCAACAGCAGCUCCAGGGGAGAAACACAACAUCUAACUGCUGUCAUCCACAUUCUUAAAUGUGUUUCCGUGCACUUUGAUUUUGGGCAUAAAACAUUAUUUAAUUACUCUUCAUGGGAAAGAUCUCUCGUGUGUGUCUAUGGAGCACACUCACUUGCUAUCAAAACUACAGCAGAUACACAACACGUCGAGCACAUUUUGAAGGUUGAAAUAACUUUUUCUCUCCUGUUUGGUAACCCCAGUGUCAGCUGACGCAGGGCUGUUGGUCACUAAGUUGACAGCUAUUAGUAGGUUAUGGAAUUUAUCAGUGUUUGCACUGAUAAUUGCUGAAACAUUGAUGUUGCCCUGGUUGAAAGAUAUUAGUGAUUUAGACCACAUUAAGUUAUGGAUGUGGUUGAUGUUUAUCGGUUGUGUCAGAUCAGUUUAAAGAUAUGACGAGUCAUUUUUCAUAAGGGGGAAUUAGUUUGCACCUAAUUUACUUCAGCUGCAGUUUAUUACCAACCAGAAAACGAUUGUACUGAAAGAGUGCAUAUCUUUGGAAGUGUAAAGGCCUUUUCACAUAGGUACGCUUGUGCUGCGGUGUGUGCGAGCCAUAGAGAAGAAUGAGUUUUAGAGCAGUUUUCACAUUGUAUGGGGAGGGUCUUAAUAAAUUCUCCUGUCGUUCUGAAUUAAUGGGAAAAUGUGUAAAGAAUCUUAGUUAAGAUUAUUUUCAUGAGUAAUAUUGGCCUCUACUCGGUUUUUAUUUCAGUUCAGGUCUUAAAUGCUUCGAGAUGCUGGCAUCUUCGUGUAGAGCCCCCAUGUACUCAGGCUGAAAUUUAUUUUAGUCGCUUCAUCUCUUAUCCUGAAACCAGAUGUUUUGAAGUGAUCCUGUAAAAACACUGCAGUAUCAAAAAGUCAAAGAUGCUUCAAGUCAGCAGAGGCUGUUGGGAUUCAUUUAUAAAUUCAGAAUUAGAUGUGCUGACAAAUAAACACUUUGAAAACAGUGGUCAUAAUAGCGAGGAGUGAAGCCCUUUACACACCGGACAUGUAAAAUUCAAGCUAAUAUUUCGUGCCUUAAAAAUAUUUUUCGGGCUCAUCUAUUUUUAAUGCAGCCAUUCGCACCGACCGAUUUUGCAUGACAAAUUUGGGGCUUUUUUUUUUAAACCGAGCUAAAUUUUUCAGAUCCAAAUAAACAACAAGCGUGCUCGUAGUUUAAAACAUGCAACGGCUUGAUGAUGUCAUCUUCAAGUUUUAAAAAAAAUUAAUUUUCUGCAAAAAUGCUUUUGGUGUGUAUCUGUGUAACACGACAAGUUUGGAUCAGAAAAAUUCUGUUUUCUGAUCCAAACUUGCUUCUUUGCAACGCGCUCGAGGCGUAAUGGCCUUAACUCAGAACUUGAGCUCAUCUUAAUCUACACGCUAGCUACUUCAACACUUGCUUAAGUAUUGUUUUUUAAAAUAGAGAUUUUCUGCUUUCAUUUAAAAAAAUCUGUGCAUACAAGCAUUGAUUUGAAAAUAUUGUCCAUCUACAUGAAAAUGCUGAAAACAAUAACAAAUACUGGCCAAUCAGAAUCUUUAAUGGAACAACUUUAUUAGGUGAAUAAAGAUGGGCAUAACAGAAAUGUCUUAACUGAAUGUGGAAUGUAGAAAUCUCCGUCUUUCUAAAAACACAGGAGCGUGAGUCCUUUGCAUGUGUUAGCAUCUAAACGUGCAUAAAAAGAUAAAGCAAUAAUAUUUUGUCAUGCAAGCAACACAGCACACAGUCUGAUGUAAGAGUUAAUAAAAGGCAAACACCAAGUUUCAGAAAACUCUGUUUUCAGUGACAUAAAAUGUGGACAAAAGGCCAAAAUGGACAGAAAAGGCUAGUUAUCAAAACAACUGUGUUGGGUUCAUUUUGAGAGAGAGAGAAGACAAAUAUGCUCAAAGUGCAUUUUCUUAAAUUUAUUUAGCAAUUAAGGGUUCAAGUUUUAAAAAAAAUGGCUGCAGUGUCUCUCUGCUCGCUCAGGAGACCCAAACGAACAAAGAGCCCCACACCCAGACAGUGAAUGCUUUUUAUUAUGUGUGAUAAACAGGACACUAAGGUGAAAGGUCAAAAGUUCUCCUUGUGUGACUGAGAUCCAGUACUUACGUUUCUUCUUCUGCAGCUUGCGGUGCACUUCAGCCUUCUGCUAGCAACACUACCGUUACCAUGACAACCACCUCUUAUCCUCCAGUCAGACCUGCAUAAAGACGGAGCUAGGGUGCGUUCCAUAAGAGCAGAUUUAUGACCUUGUUGCCUUGUAGGUAUCACAACCUCCAUCCACAUUCUUGUGAAGGGGGUCUUACUAUGUUACACUGUGGGCCGUCAAAGACAACACACAAAUAAGUGACGCUACUUAUGAGAUAUUAGCCGUACAUAUAAACGUAAAUCCCAACAGUAUGUGUAGAAAGGCCCCAAAAGGUAACCAAACGCUGCUACUUCCUCGCACCUACUCUUUAAAUUACUCUAAACAGAAGCUAGGAGGUCCGUUAGCCAGGCUAGCUGCUUCCAGCUCUGUCUGGUUAUUGUGCUAGGCUAAUCAACUGCUGGCAGCGUCUUCAUAUUUACACUUUAUGUGUCUAUAAUCACUUUCAACUCUUUGGUAAGUGAUGAAAAAACUUUAUUUCCACAAGUCAGAAAUGUUUAAACUCAGCUAUUAGCUUCUACACAUACAUGUGCUAAUUUUUUCUUUUUAGACAUUUUGAACCCUCAAUAUUAGUAUUAGUGCUGACACAUUUUUGUACUGUUUUUGUACAAGUAAUAAUCAUAUUUGGAGGAAUUGAGGUCUAAGUUGUCAGCUACCAUUAAUCCAAGCAUGCUGAUAAAGAGAAGCUUGGUCAUUUGGAAAGAGGUCAGAGUAGAGCUCCUAAUGUAAAGGAGCCAGCUGAGGUGCUUCAACAUCUGACCAGGAUGCCUACUGUGCAGCUCCUAGGUGAGGUUUUGUCACAGCAGCGUAAGACCAUGGAGCAGAUUCACAACAAGCUUAAGAGAUUACAUCUCUAGGCUGGAUUUGGAAAGUCUUGGUGACCCUCAGAAGAGAAGAGGGAUAGAGGUGGACUAUCAAUCCAAAUAUCAAUAGUAUCGAUACUAUUGCUGGUAUUGAACUGAUACUAGUUCAAUAGGAUCGAUAAUUUGUUUCUAUCCUCUAAGUUCAGUCCACUGAUUUAUGUUAAAUAAAAAAAUUUUUUAAUUACUUGUAAUUGGAUCAGUACCAAAACUUGCAGUGUUGCACAGCACAACUGGGGGAGUGGGCAGGGAGCCGCAGAUCCAGAUACGUGGCAGAAAGUAUGGAUAGUCCCAAGAAACAGAUAAUAUAAAUGAUAAUAAAAAAAAAAUUACAAAAUAAACCUGAAACUUACUGGAUGGUCUGGACCACACAGCAAGUUAUAUUAUGUGUCAUAAAAUUCCAUCAAAAAGUGUCGAUGUGCAGUUUAGUGACUUGGAUUAUCAAAGAUGAAGCCUAACAGUCACUAACUGGCUGCAGGCUUACACCUGCAUAGUCUAUGAAAAACGCUGUUCUCUUAACUUUAAAUCUUCUCAGUCUUCAAAUGGUUGAGCUUCGAGAAAAUUCACUAUACACCACUGCACAGCUGUUUUAACCAAAAUCAAGUGGCCCCUCUGGGAGGACAUUCAUGUUUGGCAUAGAAGUGUCUGAUUUCAGUCACUAACAGUCUGACACUUUUUCCCCACAUAGUGAAUUUUCAUUCUAAUGCAUGAAAGCAACUUUCAAACAUGUUAAAGGAACAGAGGAAAUCCAGUGUGCUUCCAGUGUGAUCAGGACCUUGGUGCAGUUUCAGCCUCUGCUGACCUUUAGAGGUGAUGAAUCUGCCGGUAAUUGAAUCCUUGAAUAGACAAAGGACACCAUUAUCUUGAUAACACACAGCACCACAGCAGAAGAUUGUCCUCCCUGCUGUCGGCUGUUGCUGUUCCCUAACUGGCUGAUAGAGGUGAAGCAGGGGAUGUUUUGUCAUUGAGCGCCUCGUCUGGACAAAACUGACAUUCGGCGAUGACGUUGCUAAAAAGUGCACAGAAGAAGUCUAGAAAAUAUCAGAAAAUUACAGUUAUCGUCCAUAAUUAAGCGCUUUAGCAGAUUCUUUUUGCAAAUAAAUAAUGUGUAGGUUAGCGUCAUAAUAGGAAGGAACAGAGGUGACUCAUCUUGAAGAGUCUAUAAUUAUAAUGUACAAGAUCUCAUUUUAUAUUUCCAUAAAAGAAGCAGAAAAAUCUCACGUGAUAGAUAUAUGUAUGGUUCUUUUUGGCCUAUUUUUCUUCUUGUUGGAGAAACUGGAGGUUAAACAGUUGGCGGAUGAGCGCAGCGUCACUCCUGCAGAUAAAGAUGUCAUAUGUACAGGGUGUGUGUGAGUGUGUGUGUGUGUGUGGUGGGGGGGAG